GGCGCCAUGUUAGAUUUAAUCUUAGUCUGGUAAGAAACGGUGUUAACCAGAUCUGUGCCAAACAACUAAAGUUAGAGGUCUGAAACAUCUUAGUUUUUAAACUGAUACAUAGCGGUUUCAAUCAGUUCUGUACUAAGCAAAUACAAAUAGAAGUCGCAUCUGAAAUACUGUCUCGAUAGAAGGAAAAUAUGUUCGGCACAACAAGCACAGGAUUUGGAGUUGGCACGUCAACUUUUGGGGGGUUUGGUUCCACUACUCCUUCGACGAAUACCCUCGGCCUUGGAACGCAGGAAAACCCAAUGAAAGAUUUGGAAGUGCAAAGCCCGCCAGAUGACACAGUUAGUUCUUUGAAGUUCAGUCCGAAAGCUGACUUCCUCAUCGCAUCAUCUUGGGCAAAUGAUAUUCGAUGUUGGGAAGUCAGAGAAAAUGGUCAGACCAUUCCCAAGGCACAACAAAAUCAUACAGGUCCCAUCCUGGAUUGUUGCUGGCAUGAUGAUGGCACAAAAGUGUUUACAGCGUCCACUGACAAACAAUGUAAGAUGUGGGAUUUGAAUUCCAAUCAAGCCAUUCAAGUGGCUCAGCAUGACAAGCCAGUUAAAACAUGUCACUGGGUCCAGGCACCAAACUACAGCUGUCUUAUGACUGGCAGUUGGGAUAACACGCUGAAGUUUUGGGACACAAGGUCAAAUAAUCCCAUGAUGGUUGUAUCACUUCCAGAGAGGGUUUAUUGUGCAGAUGUGGUGUAUCCAAUGGCCAUUGUUGGAACAGCACAGAGAGGAAUAAUCUGUUAUCAGUUGGAAAACCAGCCAUCAGAGUACAAGAGAAUUGAUUCACCACUGAAGUACCAGAACCGCUGUGUGAGUAUUUUCCGGGAUCCGAAGAAAAACAAUCAGCCUGUGGGCUUUGCUCUUGGCUCUGUUGAAGGAAGAGUUGCAAUCCAGUUCAUUCAACCACAAAAUCCGAAAGAUAACUUCACAUUCAAGUGUCACAGAUCUAAUGGAACAGGAAAUGCAAACUUUCAAGACAUUUAUGCAGUAAACGAUAUUGCAUUCCAUCCUGUACAUUUCUGUCUUUUGGCCACUGUAGGGUCAGAUGGAAAGUUCAGUUUUUGGGACAAGGAUGCUCGCACAAAACUCAAGACUUCUGAGCAGCUGAACAUGCCCAUAACAGCCUGUUGUUUCAAUUCGAAAGGAAAUAUAUUUGCCUACAGCUCGGGUUACGACUGGUCAAAGGGACACGAGUACUUCAACCCUCAACUCAAGCCCAAGAUCUUCCUCAGAAACUGCACGGAUGAGCUGAAACCCAGGAAAAAAUAAAUAUUUCAGUUAGGAAAUUGUAAAUCUGUCAGUCUUGCACAGUAAGCAAGUCAUGCACCAGCCAUCAAGAACCUGGCUUGGUUCAAAGUACUCACAUCAUGAUGUGAAGGAAUAAUGGAUCAAAUGAUGAAGUCGAUACAAUAGGGACCUUAAGCAGUCAGGACGGCAACGCCAAGGAAGACUCCGAUUAAAAAAUGAAUUUCUA